AUGAUAGGUGGCAUACAUACUUCAGGUUAGAGGAUAGUACUAGAUGAUUAAAGUGAAUAAUAAGAAGUCCUGUAAUCUGAAUAAUACGAAAUACCAAAUUAGAAUUUAAUUUCAGAACUAUUUUUAGACACUAAUCUUGGAACAACAGCUAGCUUCUUCUAGAAAAAUAAAAUAAUUAUCAAUCCAACUGCAUUUUGGAAUAUAUUGAAUAAAAUUAAUAAAUAUGAAUCGCAGUAUCAAAUAGAUUUUUUAGCAUAAAUAAAGGAAAUCUUGAUAAGAGUACAAACAAAUUCAACUUUAGUAUUGCAAAAAAAUGAAAAAGGAGAAUAUUUUAAGGCUAAGAAUAUUUUAGAUGAGUUAAUUGAAAUGGUACUUAUGAGUUCAAAUUAAGGCAAAGAAUAAAUUAAAAAAGAAAUCUUAACCAUAAUAUAAAUAAUGAUGAAGUACAAUAAUAUAACAAAGCAAAACUUAUAAAACCUUUUUUCCAAAGUAACUGAAAAUUUUUAUAGCGGCUUCAUAGAGGGGAAUUUGAUUCUUACUUCAUUAGAAAUUUUACACAGUAUCUUUAAUCAAUAAAUGCCAAUUACUUCUGAGCCUCAUAAUUUUUUUUACUUUAACGGGCUAAGAAGUGGCAUAGAAGUAGUUAAGAGCUAAUGGACUUUUUCAAAAGGAGUAACUUUUUGCUUUUGGGUUUAUCCUUAAAUUUUAGAUGAAGAAUGCAGUAUAAAGCUUAAAUAAUAAAUUAUAUACGUCUAAUGUGAGAAAAAGGAAUUCGAGUUUUUUGUAAAUGAGCAUGCUUAGUUGUAUUACUAAUAUACUGAUAAGCAAGACAAAAGAGAACCUGUUUAUAUUAUUGAUUUAAAUGUAAUGCACUGGCAGUUUUUAGUAAUUUAAAUUAGCUUGGUUAAAAAUCACUUUGGUUCUGAUAAAUACUAAGUGAAUAUCAUCCAUGACAACGAAAAAGUAUCUAUGGUAUCGAUUGAUUUCCCAAGAAUAAAAGCAGGUUAGUAAAUUGAUAAAAUGGCUUUCUUUAGGAAUUUUAUUGGACGAUGCUCUAGCAUUUUAGUUUUUAGAGGAGGAUCUUCAGAAUCAGACAACAUAAGUAAUUAUGGUAUUCUAUUUAAAAAUUACAAAUAUGGUAUUGAAACAGAACAUUAGCUUGCAGAUCUUUCUAAAAUUAUCGGUCCUCUCUUUAACAAAAAAGAAAUAUUUUAUUUACCAAUGAGGAGUAGUAAGAAGUAUGUCUAUGAAAUAUGCUUUGAAUAGAUUGGAAUAUUAAGCAUAAACUCAGGUGUAUUUUGUAAAGAAAGCAAUUUUAUGUGUUUAUAACAUUUUUGUGGUUUGAAUUCUUUAAUUCCGUUUUUCUAUCUGAUGAGAUUUUGUUCAUCAAAAAAGCGCUAGGAUAUCCUUAACUCAGCAUUUUCUUUGAUUAACACACUAUUUAAAUAAGACAAAUUUAAAUGCCAAGAAGAAGCAUUAAAUUUGAAUUUCUUUUUAGUACUGAGCCAGAUGAUGAAUGAAACUAAUCUUAAGUAUAUUAGCAAAUAAACUAUAGAACAUAUAGCAGAAAUAAGAUGGAAUAUUGGAAGCAAUCUUAAGCAAGAGAUGUUUUCUAAGUUUAUAUGGAACAUUAAUUUAAUAAACGUCGAGGAUGCAGAAGUCUUUGAAUUAUAUUACAAGUUUGUUUAAGCUAUUUACAUAGAAGAUUUUAAUCAUCACAGUAAAUUGUUUAGCAUAAGUGAUAUAAUUGAAUUCAUCAUUGAAAAAGUCGAACCAAAGAAUUAAAUAUGCUGCUAAGACCAUUUUCCGAAAGAAGAGAAUAAUGUACUUAGUCUUAAUAAGAAUUAAAGCUCAGCAAUCAGUAAUGAAUUUUCAAACAGUCUGGUACUUUAAUCUCAUCAAAGCUCAUAGCAAUUAAAAUUCAUUACCUAGUAUGAUAAAAAGUUGAGUAUUUUAAUGAAUCUUAUUGAAAAAGUUCUUUAUGCUUCAAAGGGUAAUUUAUCAGGCGACAUAUAUCAUUUAAUUAAAUGUCUAACACUUAACCUAACUCCAUGUUUUUACAGAAAUCUCUUAAAAUUGUUAAUAAAUCUAAUUUAAUAAGAUGAUAAAGACAAAAGAAUUUUUCUUAAAAAAUUCUUCGAAUAUUAAGGAAUUUACUCUGUCCUUUUUACACUCUCAAGAUGUGCUUGCCCAACUGUUAAAACCCUUUGUGUGAAAUUAAUAAGCGAGAUUGCUAGAAUGGAGUAUGUUUAAAUGAAUUCAUCUAGUUUGUUUAAAGGAGCAUUUGACUAUGAAAAUGAAUUGGGAGCCCUUAUUUCUUAUUCGUUGUAAUUCACUUUUCUAUCAGAAAGACCUCAAGGCUAUAAAGGAGUAAAAAUAUAUGAAGAUUUUGAAAUUAUAGACGAUUUUGAUGUGUAAGAACCUUAAAUAUAAAUAUAAAACAAUCACUUUGAUGUGUUUAAAAGCAACAUUAAUGAUUAAAUAAAAGAAUUAGAAGAUAGCCAAGCUAAUUCCUUUGAGAUUUAAAAAACUAAUGUUGAUGAGGUUGCUGCAACUGAAAUCAAACAAUCUUCUUAAAAUUUAAAAACUAUUUACACAGACGAACAACAAAGUAGUGAAAUAUUAGACAUAAAAGACUAAAACAAAAUAGAAAUAGCAUCUUAAAAAAAAAAUUAGCAACCUAACAAAGCUUAAGAAAAUAAUAAAAAUAGCUUAAACAAUAACAAUAAAAUGGAAGAGAAUGUUGGAAGCCCAAGUUAGUAGAUUCAUUUCCACCCACUCUAUGUCUCCAUUAUUGAAUGGGUUCUUAAUAAAGAAGCCUCUCCCUAAUUAAAAGAUAUGAUUAUGGUAGAAGAGUAAGAUUAAAUAUAAUCUAUUGAAGCAUUUUUGCUGCUUAUAUAGUUUUUUGAUUUAUGUGAUGAAGUGCUUUAACAAGACAUUAUUGUUGAUAUUUACUUUUUAAUUAAACACAAUCCCAGAAAUAGAUAAAUAUUUAUAGAAUCAAAAGAAUUUUAGCAUUGGGUGGUUAAAAUAUUAUUUAGGUCUCUAUGUGAGUAAAUGAAAAGCAAACUUAAUGAAAAUAGCCAGGAUACUAAAAUAUUUGAAAAUUAAUGGAAUAUGGCUAUAAAAAUAAUAUCUAGAUCUUAUAGCCAUGGAUUAACAAAUAUGCCUAAUUUAGGUGAAAAUUUAAAUGAAUUAGUUGGUUUAAUUAAAAAUGUCACAAACAAUACAACUGGUUAUCCAUUUUAUAUAAUAGAAUAUGUUGGUAAGCUUCUGCUUAGGUUAAUUUUUUAGUCAAUCCUUGAUAAUAUAUCAGAUGACAUUAAGAAUUAAGGCGAAUUUUCAAAAACUCACUUAUAAAAAAACAUGAAGUGGUUCAUUAAUUUAACUUUUAGUUUUAUUUUUAGUGAGUCCUACUAAAUCACUAAUCCUCCAUUCGAAUUCGAUUUUUACAACGAAAAUUCAAAAAAUUUUACUUUCUUGGAAGAAAUUUACUUAAAUUUACCCGCAUUUCCCAGAACAUUUGGUCCAUGUCUGUGGGUAGACGCGCCAUUGAUUUUUAAAAUUAUGGAAAGCUAUUCUAAUUUAUUCAGAAAAUAUUGUAUAAACAAUGACUUACUUUUAAGCUUCUUUGCUCCUGAGCAAUCCUUACAUAUGGAUAACCUUUAUCAAAUUCUUUUUGAUAAACAGUAAAAUAUUGUUGGAAAUACUCAUGCUCAUAGAAAGUCCUCAAAUAAUGGAAUGAGUGAAAAUGAAGUGUUCGGAUAAAUAUAAAAUGGACUAAUUUAAUCUUAAACUUUCUAAAAUAAGAUGAUUCAAUUUGAUGAAGAGUACUGCUUUGUCUAAUAGCUUUUCUUUAUAGUGAGUAGUCUUGGAGAAUUUUUAAUAAAAUCAUUCCAGUGCAGUGAAGAAUAACUGAAGACCGUCUUCUUAUUCUUAGAAAAUAUGAUUAAAGUGUCAUCGAUCUGUUGUGAAAAUUCAAGGGAAGUUUAAAAAUCAGAAGAAGAAAUAAAAUAAAUAAGAUUAUUCUUUUAAUUUGCCUUGAGCUUUUACUAUAACAUGUAUAGAUAUCUUCAAAGAGAGGGAAAUGAAAUGGCAAGUAUGAUUGAGUAGUCGAUUCAUAAUAUAAUGUAAAUUCUGUUUUAUGUAAUGGAUAAAACUUGCAAGUACAAUGGUUAUGGCAGAUUGCUUAUUGAUGUCUUUUAGAAUCAUUUAUUUGAUUAAAACAACCAAUCUCUUUUAACAGAAGAAAUGAUCAAAAAAUACACGUUUGACAACAUGAAUGAGCUUGACUAAUUAAUUUUUACAGAUGAGUGGCAAUAUGCUUUGAUUGAGAACUGCUAAUACAAAUUCCCCGACUCUGCUAAAAUAAGACUUCAAUUUGAAUUUGUUAGAAACUAAGAGUGCUUUAAUAUCCAAGAAGAAUUCGAAAAAGUAAUGAAAAAGAGAAAAGAAAUCAGAAAAAACUUUGAUUAUGAAAAAUAUAAUAUUAUAAGCGUUAACAAUUCAAAAGAUUAGUAAAGAAAAACAUAUUUCGUAGAUAAAGACGAAAGAAUUGUAAGACAGGCUAAAUAUGUAUGGUAUAAUAUAUGGAAAAAGAAUAGAUCUUACGCAGGACUAUGGAAACAUCCAAAUUUCAAAGCUCAAAUUGACUAAAAAUUCAGCCCUGAAAUUUAUGAGUACUAAAAAAUGGAAAAACCUAGUUUAUUUUAUUACAAGAUGUCUAAAUAUAUGACUAAAUAAAAAAUUAGACCAUUAUUAAAAAUAAAGCUUGUUGAACCAAAAUAUGUUGUAGAGUUUGAAAAGAAAAAACUAGACAAACAGCUAUAAAGAAGAAAGCUGCGUUUAUUAUAAUAUGAUAUUAACAAUCCUUCUCAGUAAGGACCUUAAUCACCUUCUAAUUCUCAAAGCAAUUAGCUAUUCAAAGAAAAAAAGUCUGGAGGAUUCAAUUUAUUGAAGCAAAUAAAAAAUUUAUAUUAAGUAAAGAAUACAAAGGAAGAAAUAGAAUGGUUCACUGUAAGAUGCUAAUGGAUUAAAUCGUUAACAAUUCGUAUUGGAAUGGUUAAAAUUGAUUCUCUAAAUAUCAGCUUCUACUUUGAUACUAUUGAGCAGAAAGAAACUCAUCUAUCUAUGGUUAAUCAUAGCAUACCUGAUAAUAGACCUUUGAGCAAGUCCUGGCCAUUACAAAUGGUCAAAUAUUAUAUGAGGAAAAGGUUUGUUCAUAGAAAGACUGCUAUUGAGCUUUAUAUGUAUGAUGGUUCUACUGUUCUAUUUAAUUUCCCAGACAAAGAUUUAGAUGCCGUUAUCGAAAAAUUGUAGCAAAUAAGAAAGAAAGAACUAUAAAAUAAGCCCUCUUUUGGAUUAGUGGAAAAAUAAAGAGUUUUAGAUAAAUAAAAGCAAAUUAAGAAAUGGAUUUCAAGGUAAAAAUCAAAUUUAGAAUAUCUCAUGAUUUUAAAUUUCUUUGCUGGCAGAAGCUAUAGAGACCUCACUUAGUAUCCCGUCAUGCCUUGGAUUUGGGUGAAGUUUGAUAAUUAAACAAUUAAUUUGAAUGAUUAGACUCUAUAUCGUAAUUUCUCUAAGACUAUGGGUGCUCUUGGAAAUGCAGAAAGAACUGAAUAAUUCAGAUAAAAGUUAGAAACAACUGAUCACUUUAAUCCGGUUCCUCCUUACAAUUUCGGUACUCACUAUAGUUCUCCUGCUAUUAUAUUUUAGUUUUUACUACGUAUUAAACCAUACAGCACAGGUGCUUGGUACUUGCAAGCAUAAAGAUUCGAUAUACCUGAUCGAUUAUUCUUUUCUUUAUUUGAAACUUUCAAGAAUGUUACUGAGGAAAUGAGUGAUGUUAGAGAGCUUAUCCCAGAAUUUUUUUAUCUUCCAGAAUUAUUUUUGAAUCUUGAAAAGCAUGAUUUUGGUAUCAUGCAAAGUAAAGAACGUGUUCAUAAUGUAGAUCUCCCACCUUGGUGCAAUCAGGAUCCUUACUUAUUCAUUUAUAACCAUAGAUUAGGCUUAGAAGGAGAGAUAGUUUCUAGAAAUUUACAUCAAUGGAUAGAUUUGAUAUUUGGCUGCAAAUCUAGAGGAAAGGAAGCUGAAUAAAAUUUAAAUAAAUUUUAUUACCUUACUUAUGAAGAUGAGUUUAACAUAGAUGACGUGAAAGAUGAGAAAGAAAGAAUUGGUUAUGAAAGCCAAAUUAUUCACUUUGGUUAAUGCCCUGCGCAGCUUUUAACCACUCCUCACCCAUGCAGGAUUUAAAAUUAAUCAAAUAAUUAACAUAAUAAUUCAUCUAUUAUUUCUAAUAAUACAUCAUCUUAAGUAGUUCAGCCCUCUUCUCAGACAUUAAUUUAAACAGCUAUUAAUUUUGUAGGAUCUCCUCAAAUAAGCUCUUAAAGUUAUAGUAAUCCAGUUGCACUUAAUCAAUAAUUAUUUGUAGAUAAAAGUGCUUAAUUAUAAUUCUAUAGAGCUUUCCCAAAAGAAUAGAAAGAAGAUAAGGGUUAAAGUCCAGAUUCAUAUAAAUUCUGUGAUUUACGUAGUAGAUCAAUUAUUUAAAUAUAUUAAAUUGAGGUAUCGAAAUUUUUAGCUCUUAGGAAAAAUGGAGAAGUGAGUGUCAUUAAGUUGUAAUAAGCUGUUGAGGAAAAAUAUUAUCCUUUUAAAUAAAACGUUGUAAGUGACAAGUAAUUGGAGUUGGAUAUGAACAAAAAUGAAAAAAUUCACAAUCUUGAUCAGUCAUGCUAAUUUAGAGUACCUCCAACUAUCUUUUUAAAUUAAGGCAAAUAUCUUUUGACAGGAGGAUUAUGGGGUGGAAGGAUUUGUUUAUAUAGCACAGAAAAUGAAAAAUUAAUAAAAGAGUUCAAGCAUAUUCAUAAUUGGACUGUGACAGCUAUGGAUUUCGAUCCUAAAUCAUACACAUUAGUUACAGGCAGUAAAGCAGGUGAUGUUUGCAUUAUAAAAAUGUCCUCAGAUUAUUAAAAUUUUAUUGAAUUUGAAUAAUACUAUGACCACAAAGGAGAGGUAACAAAUAUUCAUAUCAACUAUGAAUUUAGAUGUGUUGCAACUGCUAGUGUUGAUGGAAGCAUAUUUAUAUAUAAUAUUUUUAACAAGAAAGUAUAAAGAUAAUUCAACCAUCCAAAGGGAUUGCCCAUACAUAAAGUAUGUAUUACAACGCGUCCUUUAUAUGCUAUUAUCUUCUUCUCAGAAAGAGAUUGUACAUUUUACAGUUAUAGCAUUAACGGAUAGCUGUUAUCUACAUAUUAUGAAGACUCAACAAGUGUCAUAAACCCAUUGAUAAUAUAAGAUUCUAGUCUUCUAGAUUAGCUUGUAUAUAUAAACUACUAGACAUAAAAGCUAAAAAUAUUGGAAGCCCCAUAUCUAAAAGAAAGGUCUUCUGUUAACAAACCUUACGAUGUACCUAACGCAGUGUGGUGGUAGCCAUCAUAAGACAAAAAGUUUAUUAUAUGUGGCUCUGAAGAUGGUAAUGUAUUCUUUAUCAUAGAUCCAAAAGUUUUAGAAGCUACAGUAUGCAAAGCUUUGAAUUAAUUUGUUUGA